AUGGCCAAACCUAUUGUCUUUUUCGAUAUCGCAAUCAAUGGCGCCCCCAAGGGCCGCAUCACCUUCGAGCUCUUCUCCGACAUCACACCCAGGACCGCCGAGAACUUCCGCGCCCUUUGCACUGGCGAAAAGGGAUUCGGAUACAAGGGAAGCUCUUUCCACCGUGUGAUCCCGGAGUUCAUGCUGCAGGGUGGUGACUUCACCCGUGGAGAUGGCACCGGCGGUCGAUCGAUCUACGGCGAGACGUUCCCCGACGAGAACUUCCAGUUGAAGCACACUGUCCCCGGUCUUCUCUCCAUGGCCAAUGCUGGCCCGGGCACAAAUGGCUCUCAAUUCUUCAUCACCACUGUUCCCACCCCUUGGUUGAAUGGAGCCCACGUUGUCUUUGGCAAAGUUAAGGAGGGUAUGGAGCUGGUCAAGCUAAUUGAAUCCUACGGAUCCGAUGAGGGUGACACCAGUGCCAAAAUCCAAAUUAUCGAGUCUGGUCAGCUUUCAUGA